CCCAUGUGAACUUGCAUCUACUUUUCAGAACAUCAACGGAUUUUUAAAAGAAUAUCCUAAUGGCUUCGAAAAUGUCUUCACACCUUACGUGUCCAGUGUGUCUGUGCCUCUUCAACGAUCCAGCAGUUUUGCCAUGCGAGCAUACGUUCUGCCGCCUGUGUAUUUUGAGUUGUUUGGAAUCAGGUGCUACCAGAUGCCCGGAAUGCAGACAAAACUUUACAAAACAGGACCUGAAAGGAAACCGAGCUCUGAGAAACCUUGUGGAUGAUGUACAGCAAGAACAAAAGAAGAAUGAAGUGAAGAAACAGCAACAUAAUGCAAAGAAUACGCAUGCGGUGCUGUGCUCUGAGCACGAGGAACCGCUCAAACUGUUCUGUGAGGAUGAUCAGAAAUUGGUUUGCCUCAUUUGCAGAGAGGGAGAAAAACACAGUGGACACAGUUUCAAGCCUGUUAAAGAGGCUGUGGCGGCCUAUGAGAAUGUGGCGAUACAAGCAUUGAGCUUCAUUCACGAUGAAAACAAACAAAUGAUACAAAUUUACCAGUCACCACCUAAAAUCCAGAGACCCCGUCUACUACAAAUGCAUCAGAAACUGAAGACAGUAAGACUUCUGUGUCAUUAUACAGAGUGAUUAUAAUGAGUGUUGAGAUCGCAACAUCAGCUGCUCCUACUCUGAUUCUUCUUCAAAUCUUCUGUGCAGGAAGAGCUGAAAACAGAAGGACUCGGACCACCCAGAACACACCCUGAUAUCUCAAUUAUUUAAUUAAAAUAUUUCUAAAAUACACCUAAAAGAAAUGUAAUGUGUUUUUUGAUGCCAUUCCUUUAUUCUGUUUAAUGCGCAUGUUUGAGGAAUAUUUUAUGUUAUUUUACUCAAAUCAGAGAGUAAUUAAUAAAUAUGUCUUUCUUUGGAACCACCUCUAGAAAGAC